CGCCCUCCCGGAAACCCGGUUCCUAGCUGCGCCUCCCCGCAGCCCUCGCGGCUCCGGCCGGCGCCUGGGCGCGGAGCCAAGGGGGCGCCCUGCUGCAGGAGCCCGGCGGGACAUAGAGAGAGGCGGUCCUCCUGACGGUGUCUCCACUGUGGCUACGCUAUGCACCGGUCAAGACCAGCAGGUAAUUUAUACAGCAACUCUGGGGUUCCAAAUAGGUCCCAACACCUGCACCAGGGAGGCAGCCAUUUGCAAGAUGGUUACAGGCUAAAUGUGGAUUUCCAGUUCCCACCUUUGCUUAUGCACCUACUAAUUCAUGAGAUGGGAUUGUGAAAACAGAUGCUACCAAGGGCUCCUGCUCAACCGUCACUCUGUGGAUGAUGGGGGACCACCUCAGAUCCAUGGAAUUUCUCAAUAUUUGCUUGGAAGACAACCUACAACCCUGUCCGGAAGCAUAUCCAAGUGAAAUACAUGGCCAUCCAGGCCCUUCUGAACCUUGCCAGGAACAUACCUGGCCAUUUGACCCUCCAGAAUCUGCCAGGCCUGAUGCUCAUCAUGGUAAUUCUGGUGUGGAACCCACUCACCUGGGAAACUACUUGGAACAGGGGGAGGCCAAGCAGGCCCCAGCAUCACUGAGGUCACUGGAGGAGAACAGCUCUUUGGGGAGUCCACAGCAAAACCAGAGCUCAUCCACCCAGGUGGUAUUCUGGGCUGGCAUCCUGCAGGCCCAGAUGUGUGUCCUGGACCUGGAGGAGGAGCUGGAGAAAACAGAGGGACUCAGAGCAGGACUCAGGUGCUGCAUCCCACCACCAUCUAAGGACUUCCUUGGCGAUGUGGGCCUGAGCCCCAGCCAGCCCAAGGAGGAUGAAGACUCUGAAGAUGACAGCAGUGGGCCUGAGGAGGAGAACCAGACCUGGCCAAGGGAGAAAAUUCCAGGCUCUUCCCCAGAGUGGGGUGCUGAGGAGGACAGCAUCUUCUUUGAUAAUCCCCUCUUCCUGGAGAGCCCUUGCUCAGACACCAGCACUGAAGGAGAAUGCUUUUCUUGGGGGUACCCAAAUUCCCACCCAGAUAUGAAGACCUGGCAUCAGAGCUCUCAAACUCUGGAUUCUCCUCUCCAAGAAGGCUCAGGGUUCCAGAGGCAAGGAAAUGAACUGGAUUUGGGGAGUAAUACUGCUGACUAUGGUGGGUAUUCCACCCCUCCAUUCCCUGUGCCUUCCUAUAAGAUGCACCCCUGCUUGACCCUAGGGUCCACCGAAGGGACUCACACAGUACCUCCUGAUCAAGAGAAUGAGACUUCUUGUGAAGAUGAUCUCCACCCUGGCUCACCUAAAGCACCCUCUGUAGACCAUGAAUUGAUCCAAGAAUCAGAUAACUUUGGAUUUGACCUUAGACCAGCCACAACACAUCCUGUACAACCUUGGACACCCCAAAGUCUUUCUGAUCUGGCUCAACCCAUACUUGAGGACCUGCAGACAGAAGAUCCUUCCAGGUCCCAGGAAACUCUUAUCUCCCGGAACAGAGGUGAGAGGGAUGCUGGCUGUUUCCAGGAGCCCAUGUUCUGCACCUUGGCCCUCUGGGGGAGCCAAGCCUCUUUACUGGAGCCUAACUGCCCAGACUCUGAGGGUAGAGGCUCUGGCCCCCGGCCCAGCCCUGUGUCUUCCCAGGAUAGCAGCCCACAGGUUCAGCUCCACAGCCCCAAGUGGCCACAGGAUGCCUCACACCUUCUCCAGAAGGAUAAAUCAGAGUUGAGUUCCCUGAAGAAAGAGGAGAUAGAGGAAGUGCCAAGCCAGAGGCUGGAGGCAGAGUGUGAAGAUACAUCCAGAAGUGAAAAUGCUUCAGCCACCCAGCACCAUGUUCACCUGGCUUCUGCAGAAGGGCUUCCUGAGAGCUCCAUGCCCCAAGCUCAAUCUCCAGAGGAAGGCUGGAGGCCGUCAUCAUCUAGAGAGAAGUUGGCUAAUAACAUCAGAAAUGACAAGGGGGCCUGGAACCUAGCCUUGCGCCUCUAUCAACUGAAUGGUUUUCGGAAGUCUGAAGUGGCUGCCCAACUACACAAGAACAAUGACUUCAGCAGGGCUGUAGCCGAGGCCUACUUGUCUUUCUUCCAGUUCGAAGGUCAGAGCCUGGACCGAGCCCUCCGUGGUUUCCUCCAGGCCCUGGUGCUCAGUGGAGAGACGCAGGAGCGGGAACGAAUUCUCUACCAGUUUUCCAAACGCUUCCAUUAUUGCAAUCCUGGAGCCUUCCCCUCAGUAGAUUCUGUACACACCCUGACCUGUGCGAUCAUGCUCCUUAACACAGACCUACAUGGACAGAACAUUGGGAAGACCAUGAGCUGUCAGGAAUUUGUAACCAAUCUGAAUGGCCUGCAGGAUGGUGGGAACUUCCCCAAAGAGCUGCUGAAGGCCCUCUACUGGUCUAUCCGCAGUGAGAAGCUCGAGUGGGCUGUAGAUGAAGAAGAUGCAGCCAGACCUGAGAAGGACCAGCCCUCUCCCUCUGCUGGCAAGAUAAGCAGCCCCUUUCUGCAGAUGGCUCAGGACCCCACGAUGCCCACCUAUAAGCAGGGCAUCCUGGCUCGAAAGAUGCAUCACGAUGCUGAUGGCAAGAAGACGCCAUGGGGCAAACGAGGCUGGAAGAUGUUUCACACCUUACUGAGAGGGAUGGUCCUCUACUUCCUGAAGGGAGAGAGCCAAUGGCUGGAUGGAGAGAGUUUAGUAGGACAUAUGGUGGAUGAGCCUGUGGGAGUGCACCACUCACUAGCCAGCCCAGCCACCUACUACACCAAGAAGCCGCAUGUCUUCCAGCUGCGGACUGCAGACUGGCGUCUCUACCUCUUCCAGGCACCUACUGCCAAAGAAAUGGCUUCCUGGAUUGCUCGAAUCAACCUGGCGGCUGCCACACACUCAGCACCUCCCUUUCCAGCUGCAGUGGGCUCCCAGCGCAGAUUCGUGAGGCCCAUCCUGCCCAUGAGCCCCGUGCAGAGCUCCCUGGAGGAGCAACAUCGAUCCCACGAGAACUGCCUGGAUGCUGCCUCAGAUGACCUGUUGGAUUUGCAGAGGAACCUGCCAGAGCGACGGGGCCGCAGCCGGGAGCUGGAGGAGUACCGCUUACGGAAGGAGUAUCUGGAGCACGAGAAAACUCGAUAUGAGACUUAUGUGCAGCUUCUGGUGGCCCGCCUACACUUCCCUUUGGGGAACCUGGCUCUGUGGGAAGAUCAGCUUGGGAAGGAAGCUGACGGUUCUCCGGAGCCCAGGCAGAGCCUGAAGAAGUCCCACUCAAGCCCAUCCCUGCACCAGGAUGAGGCUCCCACCACAGCCAAGGUGAAACGCAACAUCUCAGAGCGCAGAACCUACCGGAAGAUCAUUCCCAAGAGGAACCGAAAUCAGCUGUGAAGCUGUCGCUCUCUCAGACACUGACCACUGCUCUGGGGUGGGCCUGAGAUGCAAGCUUAUGUGCCAGGACAGUGGUGAAGGAUGAGGCAUCUCUGCUUCUGUGCUGAAGGAUGGGGCUCAUUUCCCUGUGUCCCCAUCCCCUGGCUCUUUAGAACUGCCUUAAUCUUGCCAUACUUGCUUCUGUUCCCCAUGGUGGUUGCUCCAUUGCCCUAACCCUGACCAUUCAAAAGCAAGGUUGGCUCCACUUGUGGAAUUUGUCCCACAUGCCCUCUCUCCUCUAAAACACAGGGUCUGGGCUUCUGGGAGGUCACUUGAGGCAGUCUAGCCAGGACUGUUCACUGGAAACAGUCUUACUUUGGGAAUUAGGUGACCUAGCAGGAGAUGGUCCCAGAAGCAUAGGGCAGGACCUCUUGGGGAUUCCUAAACAGCAUCUUGUGACCCAGGAAGCAGGCUUAUUCUAGCACUGCCCAGCAGGGGACAGACUUCUAACAGAGUCCUUGGUAGGUUCAAGGCUCAGGGAUGCCGUGGGGCUCCAAGCUUCUGAUCUUCUGACUGCUUUAUCCUGCAAUCAGCCAGUGCUCUUCCCAGAGGGGUACAUGAAAAGGCUGCAUGCCUAUUUGUUAAUCAACAGAGCAGAGCUUGUGGCCUAAGCCAGGGUCAGUAGGAGUGGGGGCCUCUAGAGCUCUCUGGAGAACUCUUGGAACAAGGAGCCUUUGUUCCCUGAGAGUAAUGAGCUUAGCUUUUCUAGGCUAGACCACUGUGGAAGGGCAGGGGGAGAAGGUGGUGACAGUUCUUCUUGGGGGUCUGCCUGGCAAGUGGAGCUGGAAACUGGAGAGCUGGGUUCUUACCGAUUUCUGCAGCCACCCCCUUCCCACCUCCACCCUCAGUACCCCUCAAAGCUGCAUUCCCGAAGGUUGUCAGGACCUAUUUCUCAUGCCCGGGACAGCUCCCAGGUCUUUGCUGCCCUGCCUUGGGAAAUCCCCUUGUACUUCUUUUUGGUUUCUUCCCUGGUAUGUCUGUUCACCAGGGGAGGUUCUGGAGACUCAGGGACUUAAGGCUGUGCCUGUGAGGAGGAGGCUGGCCUGAGGGAGCAGCCACAUUGUCUCUGUUCAGUCAUGUGUGCAAAGAGGUUUCUGGCCAAAUGGGAGCCUCUGCUGCUCACCCUUCAACUGACACGUUGCCUCUCCUGCCUUCCUGCUGGGCCACACAUCCUCCCUUCCAAUAAUGCUUGUAACAACUCUAAGGACUUAGAGUUCCACAAAGUGGAGCUGGUCCUUAGGGCCAGGGGUUUCUCUGGCCAGGGCCUGGGGCUGGCCCUUGCACCCAAUGGGUGUGCAAUAAAUAGAACCUACCAAAGAAGUGCGUGAGCACACAUGUGUGUGGGGGGGAGAAGGGGGUCAGUCAGGUAGCCGUGGCCACCUGAAGUGUGUCAAGCUAUAUCUUCCCUUGCCCCCAUUGUGAUAGUAUAUUUGUGUGUGUCCUGUGUGUUCAUGUGUGUAACCCAACAUACAGUUACAAGCUAUUUAAG